AGAUGAAGAAACGAAAAAUUCUUCCUUUUUGCUUUCCUUGUGUUAUAAGUUAGCAGGGGAAAUUAAAAUCCUUGAAGGCAGGACCCUUGAAGCUAGUCUAGAUUAUGAAAAUUGUCUCAAGCACGAACGUGUCCAUUUACCCGCAGCUUUUCAACUUUGCCAUCUUGGGAAAAGCAACGUUUGUAAUUUUUAUAAGAAUAACAAGUCGAGUACUAAUUUGAGCGCUCACUCUUUUAGUAUACCUUUUCAGCAGUCCUCUUUGGACAAAGCCAUUCGUCUAUCCGAAAAUACUUUAAAAACUCCUUUAUCGGCCACCAUGAAGGAUAAAGUUUCCUUGCAGCCAAUCAAAAAAAAUAAAGCGCCUUUUGCUAGUAGACGAGUGAAUUUGUUUUCGGAAUCCAGAGUUCCCCGAAAGUUUCUUUUUGGCUCUUGUUCGUCCAUACACGAUAAUAACAAUAAUAAUAAAAUAAACGACAAGCAAAUCUAUAGGAAAAGUGUUGGUACAACUACUAAUACAAGUACCGAAGUGUUGAGUGCGAGUAGCGAUGACCUUUUGAAAGUUAACAGCGAAAACGUGUGGUCCCCUGCACCCGCCUUGAGUCAAUCAUAUCAUCACUCUACACCACGCGAUUCGCCAUGUGACUCGGAGGUUUCCGGCGUCGUGGUCGACUCGCUGGAUGCCCUUCUUCUAGUGAUUGUUGAAGGAACGUUGAAUCUCGGCCUUUACCGUCUGGACGAGGCUAUUAAUAUAUUUCAGCAACUCCCUGCCUCGCAGUACAACACCGGGCUUAUACUCUCCAAAGUCGCCAGGGCGCAUGUGGAGUCUACUAAGUUUUCUAAAGCGGAAGCCGUUUAUGCGGAAGUGCGGAGACUGGCGCCCUAUCAAAUUGAAGGGCUAGACGUCUAUUCGACGGUUCUCUGGCAUCUCCAGAAAAAGAAGGAAAUCACUUUUUUGGCGAGAGACCUGGUGGCGCUGGAGAAGUUUUCUGCAGAAGCAUGGUGCGCGGUAGGAAACUGCUUCAGCGCGCAGGGAGACCAUGAGGCAGCUUUGAAGUUUAUGGAGAGAGCAAUACAAGUAAACCCGAACUUUGCUUACGCGUAUACUCUUCUCGGGCACGAAUACGUCGCAGUAGACGACCUUUCGAAGGCAGCCACGCAUUUCCAGACGGCCGUCCGCUUGGAUCCCCGCCACUACAACGCCUGGUUGGGCCCUCGAACGAGGCGGCGGCUGAAAAUGCUUCACGGAUUGCACAAGAAAAGGCCUUCCUAG